AUGGCGGAGCUCACGGAUACUUUUUUGGAAGUGUCUUUAAUCGAUAUUUUAAUUUUUCAAGAUUUGCGAAAAACUCGAAUAUUUCGAGACAGAAAGAACGCUUUUGAUCCUGACGAUUCCACUUUUAUUGCAUUAUUUCGAGUUACCAAACCUAUAACAUGGGCCCAAAUAGUUUUCAACAAAACAAAAUCAAAUUGGGAUUUUAUCAAAAGGCUUGGAUUUCCUGGUGUCAUUGGCGCUGUAGAUGGUAUCCACGUAGCUAUAGUUGCACCAAAAGACACAGAAGAGUGCCAAAGGUUCAUUUAUAUAAACAGAAAAUCAUUCCAUUCGCUGAAUGUGCAGUUGGUAUGCAACUUUUCCUUCCAUUUUAUAUAAUAUAUAUAUAUAUGUAAUGUUUUAAGUUAUUCCAACACAUCGUUGGCGA